UAUGAUCCGGAGAAGGCUAAAGACAAGAACAUGAGAGAGAGGUUCACUUACCUCCUCCAAGGUCUAAUCUCAUUCCCGCUUAACAUCCCGGGAACCACUUUCCACAAGUGCUUGGAAAGUCAAAAGAUAGGUCUUAAGCUGAUGAAGGAUCUCAUAGACGAGAGACGAGCUAUGCCCGAUAAAUUCAGAGGGGAUUUCAUAGAUCAAAUGAUUGAUGGCAUGAAGACUGAGAGCUUCUUGUCCGAUGAUUUUGUCAUGCACGUGAUGUUCGGGGUCCUCCUUGCAAGUUUCGAGACGAUAUCAUCUACUUUAACCCUUGCCGUUAUGUUUCUAAUUGAACAUCCUAUGGUUGUAAAAGAACUAGAGAGAGAACAUGAGGAAAUACUUCAAAACAGAGAAAAGAGGGAAGGCAAGGUGACUUGGAAUGAGUACAAAUCAAUGAAAUACACAAUGCAGGUUGUGAAUGAAUCUUUGAGAAUGGCAAGUGUGGCACCAGGAAUCUUGAGGAGAGCAAUCCAAGAUAUUCACAUUAAUGGAUAUACAAUUCCUAAAGGAUGGACAAUCUUCGUCGUUCCAUCCGCUCUGCAGCUCAACCCGGAUACAUAUGAGGACCCGCUUGCCUUCAAUCCAUCGCGAUGGAAGGAUAUUGAACCGAGUGCUAUGGCAAAAAAUUUCAUCCCUUCGGGGGGCGGGGGGACAAGAAUGUGUGCUGGCGCCGAAUUCACUAAGGCAUUCAUCGCAGUUUUUCUUCACGUCUUAGUCUCAAAUUACAGGUGAUAUAUAUAUUUGUAGUUAAUGUCUCCUUCGCAGUAUCAUUUGCGAAAUGUGAGUAAAAUUCAGUAAAAAUCCAGUGAUAUGAUUUAUGAUGAGUUUUCCUUUU